UCGGGGUAAUGGCGGUGUUCCUCCUGAACGUUUGCAAGUUCAGUGGUUGUGGCUUGAAUUUUCCGACUUUAGGAGACCUCAUCCAACACAUCGAGGACACUCACAUAGAUUCUGAUCCAAGAGCUUUAGAGAAGCAGGAACUUCAGCCUCCUCCUUCCUUGCCAAUAAGUUACAUAUUCAAAUUUUUCUGUGAAACUGGUAAGAAAGACAACAACAACCUUGACCUUCAGAAGAAGAAACAACGCGCCCAGUCCCCAGUUGUGUCUAUUCGGAGCAGUACUCCGACUGGCAGUGAAUUCGAUGAAGAUGACCUCCAAAGUGAAGAUGAAGACAGUGACGACUCGUGGACGACGCAGGAGGAAUUUUCUUCCGAGCUGAUACUUAGCAUGAUGGGAACGAAAGACGGUGACGGAGAAAAGCCAUUUGCUUGUCCGGUUCCAGGGUGUAAGAAACGGUACAAGAAUGUGAACGGUAUCAAAUAUCAUGCCAGGCAUGGUCACAGGAAGGACACGAGGGUAAAGAAGGCAUUCAAAUGUAAGUGUGGGAAGAGCUACAAGACAACACAGGGAUUGCGCAACCAUGCCUUGAUGAAUCAUGGGACUGCCGCAGCUGGGCUAAUAGCUAAACCUUCGGCACAGACGAUUGCAUCCACCAUUGCUAACCAAGCUGCUGUGGCGGCCGCCGCUGCGGCUGCUCUUCCACAAGGUCAAGGUCAAGUGGCCAUCGGAAUUCAGCAGACAGGAAUCACGUUGUCGCAGCUUCCUUUAAGUAUUACUGCCUCGCAUAAUAUCCCGGUGUCUUUGUCGCAGUCGCUGAUGGCAACCGCUUCACAAAUACAGGUACCUGUCACAAUCACGGAAGACGGCCAAGCCAGACUUCAGGCUCAAGGCAAACCGUUGAUGCCUCUCAACAUGUCCACAGUGACCACAGCACCCCCCAAUGUCACAGUCACCAAUACAUUGCCAAUCGGUGCUAUUCCGCAACUAAUGACACGAAUUCCGGUGACGCAGACAAUGGCAGAGCCUGCAGUUUUGGUCGAGAUGAACGGAGAGGGUUAACGAUGAUGCUGUGAUGCUUUUCAUGCUUUGUUGUUGAGGUGACAGUGAGGUGUUGUGGCUAUGAAUGAAAUACUCUUACAACACAUUUUCUAGUCAUUUGAUAUUGACAGCUUUCAAUGUGAGAAAAGUGUAGAAUAUCUUCCUUGCAUUUAAAUUCUAGUUGCCUUCUCAUCAUAUAUCCUUAGUGUUCCAACCCUUUGACUUGGCCAAAUAUGUUCAGCUAGUAAUCCUGCCUCCUGUGAACGCUAGCAUUCUACCAGCCUGGUCUUUUGUGAAAACAUUGAGAAGUUCUUUAUUUCGUAGUUACAAACCAGCUCCAUCUAUUUUCAUUGAUCCUCGCAAGAUUCAAUUAGUUUGUAAUACAUCUUCAUUUGUUACUAAACUUGCAUUUAGUUGUUCUGAAAAAAUUACAUUGAAUUCUUGGCUUUUGUGAAUCUCGCUGUUAGUUCCUUGAAUAUUUGAGUUUGAUAAAUCUCUUUUGUGUAGUCUUGACAUUUUUUGGUAUUUUAUCGCCUAUUGGUCAAAAUAUAUAAAGCCUUGUUGUAAGGAGUUGCCAUAAGUGUAUUAGAAUUGUACUGAGAGUUUUAUGUACAGCUGUAUUUACAGGGUGUCACAAAAUUCAUAACAUGAACAAAUUUAGUUUUCUGAGCCCAAAAUGAUCAACACGUUUUUCUCUCGGCAAAUGCAUAAAGGGAGCUGGAGAUUUGAAAUUGUCUGAGCUCCAUGACAUGGACAAAGGAAAUUAUGUACAAAGUAUCGAUGUAUUCUGAAAAUUGUCAGGUAGUUAAAUUUUACAAAAAUCAACAUUGCUGGGUAAUAGGCCCACCGAUUGCCUGAAAUGGCUGUGUUGUUAGUGUUUUGACAUUUUGACCUACUCAGGUGAUAUGAGUUCUGUAACGUUCUUUCACAACAACAUUGCCCUAAAAUAUCCUACUUCAGAGCCUGUUAGCGGAUUGUUUUUAAUUUAGACCUAUUGUUUUGUCUGUCUGUAUUAUUCUGAUUGGUGCUGUUACAUGUAUCAUUGGCCUUUUGUAAAGAUUUAGCACCAGUUCUAGCAACUGUUCAAUCAUCGAGAAGGUAAAUGACCCAUUCCAGAUUUGACAAGAUAUCUGGCAAUGGAGGCUGAUUUACUGGUGUACCAAAAACUUAAACCAAGAUUUAACCAAAGUCUUUGCGUGGCAGGGGUUUGAAGGUUUGGUUAACCUAGAGUGGUGUAGGCCUUCACCUACCCUGGCGAAGUGUCAGUUUGUAACAAGCAGUACUUAUGCUUACCAUUUUGGGUUGAAAUGCCGAAGAUUUGGUCAAAUCUGAGUGAGUUGGUAUCGGGGGAAGCGAUGUUUGUUAUCCAUGCUAUGUUAUAGAAACCGGUAGCUACUUAAUGUUAUGUUAUGUCUGUUGGAGCUUUUUGUGUAGUGUUGUUGGUGCUUUCCAUUUACAGUAAUCUGCCAUUGAGUAUCUUCUGCAGUUAAGUUAGGCUUUUAACCACUGGCUCAAUUGGAGUCCUCAACUUGCAAAUUGUAACUAAAAACUUUUAGUUGGUCGUAGUUGACGUUUUCUGAGACUUCUGCCCUUCUCUUAGUUUGUAAUGCGCGUCUCCUUGAAACUUUGAAUUGAAAACAUGCUCUCACCUUUACAAUCUCAACAUUAGUGUUGCAUUUAUAGAACAUGAGAUAUCAGCUUUGUAAUAUUGUGCAAUAGAUGUUAUUUCUGCAUUUAUGUAGUUGUGUACAUAUCGUUGUGCUUGGUUUUGAUAUGUCGAAUUUGCAUAAAUGAAUUUGCAUGUACAUACACACACAGGAUGUCCCAGAAAGUGUCAUUCAGUCCCCUUCCCAGGUAAAAUACAGAUUACUGUAGACUUUGUUGUCUGUUGUGGUUUUGCUGGGCCGCCUGUAAUUGUGCUGUUUGUGGUAGCUAUGUGAUAUUAUAAUAAGUAUCUGUAUGUGAACAUUAUGACAAAAUCUUCAAUUUAGGUGAUUAGUUGUAUGGGUCACUCUAGAUUUGAAUUAGUCACUUUUGAUUUUGAGAUUAGUCAAAAAAUUUAUUCACUUCAGAUUUGUAUGGUUAGUCAUGAUGCAUCCAGGGGAAAUCAUUUUGAAAAAUGAGAGCUAAAAUCAGAAUCUUUGUAUUUAUUAGCCAUGCUGAAUGCUUUAUUGCCUCUAGGUUCCUGCACCAGUCAAACAUUUGGAUAUGAAAUGACUUUUGAGGAACGGCUUAACAUGUAUGUAGCGAGACUCAAUGACGUGUAUGGCAAGACCUUCUUCAUGGUCAGAUCUUGUAAACUGAGGUAAUGUCUUGUGGCUUCGAUGAUCAAUGUUUUAUUGUGAUAUUGUAUAGAAUGUGUGAAGUAAUAGCAGACUGGCUAUUCAAGAUUUGUGUGAGCAUUUUCAAGACUGAUGAACAAAGAUUUAAAGUUUCCAUAACUGAAAGAGCAUCCAACUUAAAGAGGUGAAGGUCGUUAUUUGGAGGCUCGGCCAUCGCUACUGAUCACAUAAGACCUGUGUUUGUACUUGUAUGUAUAUUUGGCCAGUUCACAGUGCAGAUUCAGUAUAGAUUGGCCCAUUUCAGUAUGAUUGAAUACACUCUUUCCGAGGCUUGAAAUGUUUGCACAAAUCUUCUGGUAGCUGCCAUGUCGUAUACUCUUGUACAUAUCUGUAUAUCUAUUUAUAUCCUAAUUUAUUUUUGUGCCAUUUCUCCUGUAAACGAUGGUGGAAUUCUUGUCAUCCCUCAGUGUAUGUAAACAAAUCUGCUGUAAAAUUUCCCAGUUUAUGGGAUGCAACCUUGUCCUUGUAAACUGAGUAGGAAAGUGUGUAGGAACGAGGUUGAUAUUGCGUGUUGAUGUUGAUAAGUCUGUUAAAGAUGUGUAUCUGUAUCUGUGCUAUUAAACUCAAGUCAU